UAUCCAUAUAAUCUUAUCUUUACGAAGAAAUUUUCGAGAUAGUAAAUGAGUCAAGACUGUCCGAUAACACAAAUAUAGGACUGAAGUUGGUAUAUUAUCGUAGAGUAACACACGUAAAGAAAGGAAUUACAAAUAAUGGAUCCAAAACUAGACAAUAGACCAUACUUUGGUUUCCCUCCACCACCGAUGCCGGACAUAUACUUCGCUCCAGUGCCAGUACUUCCACCAUAUCCCCAUCCGGGACUAGAUGCACCAUCAGCGGACUUCGUUGAAGUUUUGGAUCCUCCACCCAUCGACUGGGUUCCGGCAACACCCAGUACUGCAUACACCUUGGCGAGCCGCGCCUUCAUAACUGGCAGAGAAGGCUGGGAUAAGAGCCCAUUGUGGACUAUCCGUGUACACCGGGAUGAGAACCUGAUACCAGGAAAACUGGCCAUAUCACACGGUACAGCAUACAUCCCCUUCAACGGCAAAGAAGUAUCAGUACAAGAGUUCGAGGUUUUGUGCGCAGCGAGCGAUGUCUUAGAAUGGGUCUCCACAAGCAACGAUCAGAUUCCCGAGCAUGCUCUCCCAGCUGGUAACACCCAUAUAGGAGAACCUCUGUACGUUGGUAGAGUUAAACACAGGGGAUCUCUUACGCCUGGCAAGGUUCAUCCGAGUCAUGGCUGUUGCUACAUAUCAUUCGGUGGUUCGGAAAUCGCGUACAAACGCUACGAAAUACUAUGCGAAGUGCCUCAAUAAAAUUCUACUUUUUGAUAUUAUGUUGAAAUUAAAGGUUUACAUCUUUUUU